UACCGGAAGGGGCGUGACUUCGCCACUCUAUUUGAACGCACCCUCGUCAUCAGGAGGAAGAUCCCGGACACUGAACCGGAUUCCGCUCCAUAGUUUGGUCCCUAGAUGCUUUGAUAGAGAUUACAGUUUAUUAGUCCGGAUAGGGUUUCACUCCACCGCUGUAUCUGCUGCCUUUUGGGGUGUAUAUCGAGUUGGUUCUCUACAUCGAUCGUAAAGUGCAUCAGUCGCUGCAGGACAUCAACGUCCCCUCGAGUGGUGCCCUCACGAGCUGAACCGGUAGCUCAUGCUUUAGCCUUCCUGUGGUCCCUGGUUGAGCAGUGGUUGGAACCCUCCUUAAAGAUGUUCUGUGGCCUUGAACCCAGGGCCCCGUCGGGCCAUCGGUCCCUACCCCAGAUGAAGCUGCUCUUAGUAGGCUGGCUGCUGGCCUCGGUGUGGGCUGAGGCUCAGGACUACUAUAACUUGCUGGGUGUUGGGAGAGAGGCCACGGUCAGGGAAAUCAGACAAGCCUUCAAGAAGCUGGCUCUCACCAUGCAUCCAGAUAAGAAACCUAAUGAUAAGUCUGCUCAUGACGCCUUCCUGAAGAUCAACCGCGCUUAUGAAGUCCUGAAGGAUGAAGAUCUGAGGAAGAAGUACGAUAAAUAUGGAGAGAAGGGUUUGGACGAGCAGCAAGGAGGACGUUACGAGAGCUGGAAUUACUAUCGCUAUGACUUCGGUAUCUAUGAUGAGGAUCUGGAGAUCAUCACUCUGGACAGAGGAGACUUUGAUGCGGCGGUGAACUCUGGGGAAAUCUGGUUCAUUAACUUCUACUUCCCUCGCUGCUCUCAUUGUCACCAGCUGGCUCCUACGUGGCGGGAGGUGGCUAAAGAGAUGGACGGGGUGAUCCGGAUUGGAGCAGUGAACUGCGGGGACAACGGCCACCUCUGCAGGAGUAAAGGCAUCAACAGCUACCCCAGUCUGUACGUCUACAGAGCAGGCCAGAAACCUGAGAAGUACUUUGGAGACCGCUCUAAGGACAGUCUACUUCAGUUCUCUAUGCAUUUCAUCACAACAACAGUGACAGAACUCUGGCAAGGAAACGUGUUUACUGAGAUUGAGCAGGCGUUCUCCUCAGGGGUCGGAUGGCUGAUCACCUUCUGCAGUGAAACUGGAGAUUGCCUUGAGUCGCAAACCAGGCAGAAACUGGCCGGCAUGAUGGAGGGUCUGGUCAGGGUGGGCUGGAUGGACUGCAGCUCCAAGGCCGCGCUGUGUGAAGGCUUCCAGGUGACCAGCGGAGCCACAGCCUACUUUCCACCUGGCAGUUCUCUGCAACAACAAGGCAGUGUGCUGUGGCUGCAAACUCUGGACAGUAGAGAGAUCUACAAUCAGAUCAUCAAUCACCUCCCUGACCUCCCCCUCCUCACCAAGGACACCUUCCAGAGCCAACUGGCACAUCACCGCUGGCUGGUUAGUUUCACGUUUGGAGAGAAGAACACGGCCUCCAACGAACACAAGAAACUGAAAGCCAUGUUGAGGAACGAUCACAUACAGGUGGGGAGGCUGGACUGUAUGGUGGACGCAGAGCUGUGCCUGUCUCUCUACAUCCAGAAGUCCUGUCUCGCUGUCUUUAAGGGCAUGGGGGUCUCGGACUUUGAGGUCCACCACGGGAAGAACGUGCUGUACAACAUCGUGGGCUUUGCCAGGGAGAGUGUCAGCGCCCAUGUGACUACACUGCUGCCGGACAACUUCCCCUCGGACAGGAAGGAGCCCUGGCUGGUGGACUUCUUCACUCCGUGGUGCCCUCCCUGCCGCGCCUUACUGCCAGAGCUGAGGAAGGCUUCCAUUCAGCUGGCGGGACAGAUGAGGUUUGGGACUUUGGACUGUACCAUUCACCACCACCUCUGUUCUAUGUACAAGAUCCAAGCAUACCCCACCACCGUCAUAUUCAACCGCUCGUCCCUCCACGAGUAUGAGGGACAGCACUCCGCUGAUGGGAUACUUGAAUUCAUCCAGGAUCUUGCCAGUCCAUCGGUGUCGGUUCUGGACCCUGAAAGCUUUCAGAGGAGAGUUAAAGGUCGUGCUGGAGGAGAGAUCUGGGCUGUCGAUUUCUAUGCCCCCUGGUGCGGCCCCUGUCAAGCCCUGCUGCCAGAAUGGAGACGGAUGGCCAGGCUGGUAGCAGGCCAGGUGAUGGUGGGCUCCAUGGACUGUCAGAAGCACCAGUCAUUCUGCCGGAGCCAGGGCGUGAGGGCGUACCCUGAGAUACGCCUGUACCCAAGCCAACCCAGCCCCGCAGACACAUACAUGACUUACAGCGGAUGGAACAGAGAUGCUCAGUCCCUGAGGAUGUGGACACUGAGUGCUCUUCCCAGGGUCUCGGUGGACCUGUCUCCAGAGUCCUUCAGAGACUUGGUCCUGCUGGGUCCAGACCACUGGGUCUUGGACUUCUACGCCCCCUGGUGUGGACCCUGCCAACACUUCGCUCCCGAGUUUGAAGUCCUGGCAAGGAUGGUUAAAGGGGAGGUGCGUUCUGGGAAGCUGGACUGUCAAGCUCACCAACAGACGUGUCAAUCAGCUGGAAUCACGGCAUACCCCACGGUCCGCUUCUACCCCCACCUGGGGACCAGGAGGCGUGACCAGGGAGGAGAGGAUGUCAACAGCCGCCAGGCCAGCGUCAUUGCCACGGUCAUCAGGGAGAGGUUACAUCGAUUGUUGCCACUGCAACACAACAAACUCAAUGAUGAGCUUUGAGGAUCUGGGACUAAUAAAGAACAAAGUCCAGAAGCAGAUAAGAAAUAUCCAAAAAAACAAGAACCAUUCAACUUGGCCAAUCCAUAGAGCAAGUUGAUAUGAACCAACGUAUUCCAUGAACCUCUCGCUCUCCUCUCCCCAACCCUGAAGAACCUAACCCUACUCCAUGACUCCUCCUUGAUCUCAUCUAUGACUCCUCCUCCUCCUCCUCCUCCAUGACUCCUCCUCCUCCUCUAUGAAUCCGGCUCCUCCUCUAUGACUCCGGCUCCUCCUCUAUGACUCUGGCUCCUCCUCUAUGACUCCUACUCCUUCUCCUUCUAUAACUCCUCCUCCUCUAUGACUACUGCUCCUCCUCUAUGACUCCUACUUCUCCUCUAUGACCGGUUGCAGAUUGUGAAUGGACCCCAGUUUCUCACACUCAUCUCUUGAAGUAUUUAAUGUAUUCAAACAGUGUUAUUGGUAUUUACUCUGUGAGGUAAAACACUGAACUUCAGAUAAGAUGUUACUGAACACUGAUAUUUUAAGUAAGCACGUUGUUAUGUAUUAAAUAUCUUUUACAAUUUCAA